GCUCGGCCGUGCCUGCUGGAGCCCUCCGGGCACCGCGGCCCUGCACGGCCCUCAGAGCUGCCCGCGGCCCCGCCCCGAGGGCCGUCGUUUUUGCUCUUUUCUCGUGGACCUGUUGCAGUACGAGAGCGGCACUAGAGUUUCUCCGGUGCUUUUGUUUUUCGUUUUUCCCGGUGGUAGAAUGUCUAAACUAAUGCGAACGCGGAUGCGAUUUACUUUUUAAUCCGGCAGCUUAAGAUAUUUACAGUCAGAAGAAGCCUAACAGAGCUGGAACUGUCCGUGCGAAUCUGAGAAAUCCUGUGUGGGUUUUCAGAGCUGAUAAAGUGAGAGCGCAGCUGGGCGUGCCUGAUUUUGGAUGUGCUUCGUGCCCGACCUCGGGUAGCAAAUGACUGUAUAGCUGCAGAUCGGCUUUUUACUUCAUCCUGUACGCUCAUCUGCUCGCGGAACGCUGAGCCGAGGCAGUUUGUUUCUCCUCUCCGUCAGCUGCUGAAGUAUCCCUGCAGGUUCUCCUCAGACAUGUGCCUCUGUUACUGGCAGCAUGUGCACGUACAGCUCUGACGUUGUGUGCCCGUCCUCUGUGAGGAAAUCUGGUCCGUUCAAUCUAAACAGUAGGAACUUGCUGAGGAGAUGCAGACUAGACUCCAUUCUUUUAACAGUUGUGCAGUUUUAAGUUACACCACCUGUGACUCAGUUUAAUGUGCGAGUAAAGCCUCAGUACAGCACAGUCACUGAAAUUACUCCUUGAAAUAAAAGUGAUGAACCCCUGUAGUGGUUACCCAUCCAUGUACUCCAGUUGCUUCUGUCUGGCAUUUCUGAGUUGAAAUGAGACCCUUUAAGUUAUGGUACUGUCAUCCAGGUUGGAGGCAGGAUAAUUGUUUGUAGUGCCCCUGCUGACUCUGUGGGAGGGUCCCACUUUCCUGUUUCUAAGUCCUGAGUUUUAAGAGUAGGGAGAUGCUAGUGACAGGGAUUGUGGAAAUUCUUGAAGUAUUUCUCUUUUUCUAUGUCUGUAGUAAGGAAAUUGUAAUACUUCAUUGCGUAUGUAAUGGUGAGUUCAUAAAAAGCUGUGAAUAUCUAGCAUCUUGUGAAAGUUUCAGUUAAUGUUUUAUUGCAGUGUCUGGUGAGUUUGCAUAAAUAAAGGAAAGUGUUUUUCCUGAGUAGGUUGAUGAGUAAAACUCAGUUUGGUUAAUAUAGAGGUUUGGCUGUUUGGUUUUUUCUUCUAUUAUUUUAGAAGCAUAUUUCAUUUCCUGAAUAACAGCCUCAGCAGAAUUUAAUUUGUAGAGAGUACAUGGAAGAAAGAAGGAACAAAGUUAUUCUGGUAGGAACAGUUAACGUUUAGGAGGAAACAUACUGCAGUAAUGAAAAAAUAGAUGUACUGCAGACAUCAAAAAUAGGUUUAUUCGUUUUAUUGUCUGACCUGUUCGCAAAGAAUUACAGAAAAUUUUGCAUGCCUAAGGGCAAGGAAAACAUGUUAUUAGCUCUAGUUUAAAAGCCACUUUAAUUUUUUGACAGAUGGGAUGAGAAGAGACAAGUGUCCUGCUCUGCAAAUGGCCUCCUGUUUGACAUUUGUUGUUUGCUAGCCUGGAAUCGUCUUUGAUGGUGGAAGGCUGGCGACACUAAGAUGUUUGAUAGAAUCAAACCAUCUGAUGAGGCUUCUGCUUCUUCAGCACAAGGAAUGGAAAGACAUGGUGUUGAAGGCUCAUUGCAACAGUACAGCAAUAGCAGUUUACAUUCAAGAAGGCAAGAACGUCCUCGGCCUGGAGUAUCCACCAUGCAAAAUAGACAAGGCUACUGCAACUGCUGUCAUGUACACUACAAUAAUCUGGAACAGCAUAUUUUUAGCUCCCAGCACAGACAUUUUACCACUUACUGCAGGAAUCGUAUGGGUACCAGUAGCUUGAUGGAGCGUUUCCUGCAAGAUGUUUUGCAGCAUCAUCCCCACAGAUACCAUGACAACAGGCCAACCUAUGAUGAUAUGCCAGUCCCUGUCACUCCAGUGUCUGCCAGGAUUGCUUCUUCAGGAGAGGAGGAGAAAAAGAAGAAUAGAGGCAGACAGGUGACUUCCAGCAAAGACCAGGAGUCCGUCGACAAUGUGCGCUCUUCUGCUCCAUACCUAUCUCAUGAGCACACAAAGGAAACUUCUGUAACGCAGACAUUUACUCAAAAAUUAGAAACUGAAAAGGAACGUGUUACAGGAACAUCCCGGGUGUCUAUGGGCAAUUGUAGCAAUGAGAAAUGCAGUGUCCUCAAAGAUGCUCAAAUUGGAAAUCAUAGCCAUGAAGGCCAGUUUAUGGCUGUGAGCCCAGUACCUCAACAUUUUUCUGUCAGUACAUUAGUUCAUAGUUCUUCUGUUAAUCGUAAAAUAGAAAAAAAUAUUAAGACUUCAUCAUCAUCAUCAUCAAAUCGUAUUCUGCAUAGUGGAUGUGAUAACACAGGAAUGGAGGUAUGCAUUAGGAAUGAGUUGAAGCCUGCUCUGGCACUGGUUCACCCAAAAUGCCCUUCAGUUUUGCAUCAGAAUCCUGUGUGCAGCCACAGGAAUACUUUACAUGUUACCUCAGGUCAACCUCUUUUAACACGAGAUGGUUUACAAACUCAGGAUGAAACUUUGGUGUCUGAUUUCCGUCUCAGGGAUACUGUGGGGAUCAGCAGCACCCUAGGUCUUGGGACUUCCCCACCACUAGCAAGAUGCAAAAAUGUGAAGAUGAACAGAGGGGAUGCAAGUUCAGUGGAUGAAACAAUUGAAAACGUUAUUCUGAAAUAUUGCCAUGGAACUGCAUAUGAAGAACUUCAUUUCAAAGAGGAGAAUAAUCUCUGUUUAACUUUUUCAUCACUUCUGGAUCAUGCUGAUUUAGAGGGCUCUGAAAUGAGUUUUGACUGUGAUGCACCUGUUCAGUCGGGAACAGACUUACCCAAGGCAGCUAUAAAAGAUAUAGAAUUGCUAAAAGAGGUCCAAAUAAGUCUGCAAGAUAAAGACUAUGGAACACAGCUCUCUUCUGUUUUAAAAAGUGAGUCAGUGAAGCAAACAGAAACAGUGAAACAGAACAUAGUAGUUCAUCCUGAAGAAGCAGUUCUUCCAGCUCUGCCUCAUGUGCCUCCUUCUUUUGUGGGAAAGACUUGGUCUCAGAUAAUGUACGAAGAUGAUAUAAAAAUUGAAGAACUUGUGCGUGAUUUCAGGGAAGGUCGUUUUCGCUGCUACUUUGACAGUGAAUCCUCAGCCAACUGUACAGGAAAGAGAAUGAAGAAAAAAAAGCAGAGAGACGAAAAAAGGAACAAUCCUGCUGAGGGUAAUAGAAUAGAAACUGCAUCAGUUAAAGCACUACCAGAGUUUAAUGAUGCUUUAAGUGGUGGCUUUGAUUUUGAUAACCCAUCUUUAGCUUCAGAUAGGCUAUGCAACCCGCAAAUUCUUAAAACACCUAGGAAAAGGACAUGGCGCCUAGCUUCAAGAUGUCAGGUGGUUAAAGUUAGCCAUGGCACCCAAACAAGUCUAUUGAACUACCCUGUAACAAAAAGAAAAAUGACAAGAAGAGAAUCGGAUCCAUCUGAUCAAAAAGCAAGCAUUAUAUGGCCAGAAAAUGAAAAGACUCCAAACAUGAAAACUAGACUCUGUGCCCUUAAACUUCCUGAGUCCUAUAGCAAGAUUAUGAGCCCUGUGCAGCCCAAGACAGUGGUGUAUGUACUUUCGUGUCCAGAGAUGAAACAGUGUAAAGGUAAACCUGUAGAUAUUCCCAAAAUGAGGAAAAAUCGUAAUUCUACAGAUAGCAAGGACUCUGUAAGGUAUAAAUACAAACAGUGUUCUUUCAAGUAUUAUGACCCACUGACAAACAGAAUUCUGAAAAUGCCUCCUAAGGGUUUAGUUGGGGAAAAGGCCAAAAAGCCUUCUCACGUUCGACAGCUAUUCAGAAGUCUCAGCUUUGAUACAAACAUGAGGAAAUUAGCUGAUGCACAGAGAGAAGGCACACCAACAAAGUCCUUCAAUCGGUCAGACUUCUAUAGCUCACCUUCAGCAAUUUGUCUGCCAGAGUCAGCUAAAGGGAAUGAUACGCUAUCAAGUCAAAAAGCAGAUGGAUCUUCAGUUUCCACAGAAAGAACAGAUUGUCUGGUAUCUAGUCACUCUGAGAACUCUUUUAAACAGCUGGUCAUUUCACCUUUGAGUUCUCACCAGUCUGUUGUUGAAGGAGAUGGGAGAUUAACUCCGUUUAACAGUAGAGUUACCAAAACUCCUUUGACCUCCAUCAGGGGUGAUCGAUUAGAGAGAGAGAACCCAAAAGCAAUAUGGAAGAGAAAAGAAAGCACUAAUAAAGAACCUUUUUUUUCCAAAAAAGCUGCAGGAGCUAUGUCUGUCAGAUGUGCUGUUGCGAGGAGAGGAAACAGAGUAACAACAGGCAAACAAACUUCCAGAACUAAAAAGCAACAAAAAGAGGGUAUGAGAAGUAAACUUUCUCCUUGUGCCCAGAGAUCGUCAGCGUUCUCCAUUCACAGGCACCAAACAAGGAAAAAUACAGUGGGAAAACAUCUUAAGAAAGAAAAACCCGAUGCUAAAAAAUUAAAUGUGAGGAGGAAGUCAAAAAGGACUUUUCUGAACUCAACAGUCACAAGUAUUCCUGAGAAGAGACAGAAAGGCACAUCGGGAUCUUUUCCCAAGAAGCCAGAGCGAGCUUCUUCCAAAGUCAGAAGCUGGGAACCAGCACCUGGAAAAGGAAAGGGAACAAAUGGAGGCCAUAGACAAAGCAGUUGAAGUGCUAGAGCUGCAGAAAGUACAGAGCCAGUCUAAUGUGAAACAGGUACAACUUUAAACUCUUGUUCCUGGUAUAUGGGACGUUAUAUAUUGCACUGUUCUACUGUGUAAAGCUGCAGAAGUUGUGCAUUUGAGUUUAAAGCACUUAGAUAGAACCCUAUUUACUAGGCUUCACCUGUGCAUCAAAACAAAUGGGCUUGAAUAGUAUGUUGUUUUAAUGGGAUUAUCAGUGCAUAAUAGUGCACUAUAAUCGGGUAAAUUAGAAGCUGUAUUAAUUAAUUGUGCCUACUCUCAUUUUUUUCCACAUAAUUCUUAAAGUGCAAAAAAAUAAUUCUGUUAUACUAGAAAUUAAAUUAAGAUAUAUUAAUCUGGGGUGAAUUCUGUGUUUGUAUUUUGUGUUUGUAUAUAUGCACAUCUUGUUCAACACAUAAUAUGGUAUAUAUUUGCCUAAUGAGUGGUAUUGAGAUUAAUAUAGUAUGAUAGAAUUCAGAUCAGUGCUUUUUUGAAAUGAAAUAGAACCGUUCUUGGUUUUAUAUUGAUCCUUUUUCCUGAAAUCAUGUCCAAAUUAGUUAUUUUGGACAAAAAGUCACUGUGGGCUGUUAUCUAGCAAUAAUGGACCAUCCUGGUAAGGAAGUAUGUCUCUCCUGGUUACCGUGGUGGUGGUGAUGGUUAUACUGAAUUCUCAAAUUCUGAAAGAAAUGUAAGUUUAAUGUUUUCUUCAUUCUCUUUUGUUCUUUUUUUUUAAAAAAAAAAAACACAGCUCAUUGGUAAAGUUCGUAGGUUAAUUUGACAGUCCUUAGGGAGGUGAUAGAAAUGUUAUAAUACAGACAAGUAACAAUGAGUUCUUGUAGUGUUUCAACAUUAAAUUUGAGACCCUGUGCUUUCUUUGGAUUUUAAUAGAGCGUACUGUUGGUUACAAUUUUGUGUACUGUAGUUCAAACUUUAUUUUAAAUAGUCAGUACAGUAUUGAAAUAAAACAAACCUGAAGCAGCAUCCAAUGUGUUAAAGUUAAAAUAUCUGCUUAAAACAGAUAUUUACAUAAGCUGAAUUUAAAAAUAAAAAUGAAAUAUUCCAUAAUAAUUCUUAUUAGGCAGUUGAUGCUUUAUGACUUUGUUGGGAAAGAAGUCUAAUAUUCUGUGGUUUUGGUUGUAUUUGUUUUUGAGUUUGUUUUGUUUUGGUUUCUUUGUUGUUUUACUUUGGUUUUGUUUUGGAGUUUUUUAUUUGCUUUUGGUUUUUAUGAUGACAGCUUAUUUGAUUAAAAAGUGUUUAGGAAACAGAAACCCCAGUGCUGAAAUUGUUUGUACACUAUAAAAUCAAUUUCCAUUUUUCAUUUGUCUUAAGUUUUAAGCGGAGAAUUGAGAAAUGAGUUUGGGCUCAUUUGUACAUCUGCAGUUCGAUGCAUUAUAUAAUGUAUCCUAUUGUAAAAGUCUUUGUAAAUUCUAUACUUGUACAGUAUAUCUUUUUUAGAUAAAUAAGAAUAGCUUAUGAAAGACCCUGCUGACUCUGCAAUUGCACACCGUACCUCCUGUGCAUUCCUUCCCUCCAAACCAAAACCUAUUCUUGGUUAACUUUCUGAAGUGUCAAGGGGCACUAGUUUGUAUUGAGAUAAAGCUGCACUUUGAACUGUUGUAUUUUUAAAUGAAAUGUCUGAAAGAAAUGUAAAAGCUGUCAUCAUAAACUACUCAUUGUUAAAAAUAUGUAUCAAAAAACUCCCCAAAAUAUAUAUACAUGCAUAUUUCCCAGCUUAAAUAAAAGAUGUGCGUGUACUUAAGCCAGCUGGAAACUAAGUUCUUUUGCAAGUCAAAUAUAGUCUGACUUUUUAAAAUUUUUCUUUUAGUUUUGAAAUAAAAGUUGAUUUUUAUGGGUGAGUUUUCCAAUGAUUGUCAGUUGACAAAGAAUCUUAUGACUGUAUUACAAGUCACUGGAAAAUAAAGGGUUAUAAUAUGAGUUUUUAUAGUCCUCUGAA